AUAUAAAUAAUUAUUGCAAAGCAACUUAUAUUUUAAUUUUUCGUAUUACUACAAAUACAUGACAUAUAUAUGCAUUUUUAUUUAUCACGAUACUAUAAUAUUGUCACCAUAGUUACAUCAUAAGUAUGAGUGUUCGAUACGCCGAAGUUCAAGGAUCAUCAUAUUGUGAGAUAUAAUAAUUACAAAUUUGACACAAAUAUUUAAUUAUUCAUUAAUAUAGAUUUGUAAUAUUUUUUUAUAAAACUGUAUCUUUCUUUUGUCAUAAUUAACAUCCGAUUAAUGGAAACUUAACGUAAGUCACUUUUCUACGUAAAGAAGGCUAACGUACAUAACUUUAUGACAGCCUAAAAAUGCUUAUUAUUCUUUUUUUUUUAAUCAAAAGAUAAAAAAUGACGGAUAAAAGAUCUGCUUGUAAUAAUAUAUUUCCAACUAUAUCAUGGAUACCAGUAGUAGAAGAUAGUGUAAAUUCGGCAACAGAAAUAACCAAGGUAUUAGAAUAUGCUAAAUAUCCAAAACUAUUAAAAGAUCAAUUAUGGACAAAGGCAGUACCAUAUAAAUAUUGGUCUACUUAUAUGAAACCAAGUGAAAGAAUAGGAAGUAUAUAUACUCCAACUUCAGCACAAUAUCGUGUAAAUAUUUUAACAAAAAAGAAAAAGCCAUUAGAUUGUUUACCAUUUGGAGUCAAAAACAAGUUAAGGAUGCCACCACGCGAAUAUAUUGAAUUGUAUAAAGAAGAAAGACGACGAAAAAUAACACGGAAGUUCAAACAAGAACGAAAUAUUCUUUCGAAAAAUAUUAUUAAUUUGAAAGAUUUGGCAGAUGGUACAUGGUCACGUAGAAAAGCUAAGAAAGAGACUAAUCAAAAUAUUGAGAAUAAAGAAUUAUUGAAGGAACAAAAAAAUAAAUUGAAGAAAAACAUUCAAGGGAAGGAAAUUUUGCGAAAUAAAGAAGUAGAAAUGCCAAGGUCAAUAGAAGAUCAAUUAGAAGAAUUAAUGAUUCGGGUUGAGGAAGAGCAAAAUCGAAAGAUACGAGACGAAGAUAUUGAAAGGCUUUUGUACUUAAGAAAUGAAUGCAUUGCCGAUCAUCAUUUAGAACCAUAUAAUUAUGAUAAUAUUGAGAAUGCGAAAAAAUUUAUCAUUGGUAGAUUACGCAAAUGUGAGGAUUUUAACGGAAUAAUUAAAAAAUUAGAAGGGGAAAUAAUUGAUGAUUAUAAAAAGAGUCUCUGUUAUUCCAUAGUCAAUUAUAUUCUUUUGGAUGUCGAUGAAAGAAAACGUUUGCUUAUAGAGACAAUGCCUAUAGAAUAUCCUGUUUUAGUCAUCCGUGCUCCAGUACCAUGGCAUCAAUAUAAAAUUCUAGCUGAUCAUUUUAUGGAACAUAAUCUUUUUAUAACGAACGAGAUAUUGAAAGAUAUUCGCGACUUAUGGUUUUCCAAAUAUCAUAACACCAUGAUUUUACAAAUUCAAGACUUGGGAACAUUCCCUGUGGCAGCCACGGAAAUUGAAUCCAAAAUAAACGAAUUGUGCAACAAUGCUGUUAAUAUAUUAACAAAAAAAUGGUUAGCUGACGUAGCUGAUAUUUUUUUUGAGAAAAAGUAUGCAUGGUCGGGACUUUUUGAAAAGGAGCUACACGCAUCAACGAGUCUAAUCGAAAAGUAUUUUCGAGCUGUCAAUUCUUUGUUGUCAAGACAGUUAAGAAUCAUGGUAUUGAAAACUAUACAACAUUUGAGAAAUUUUUUUAUACAGUAUAGAAUGGGAAAUUAUUAUGAAGGCGAUUAUGAAGAUUUGAUGUUUAUUAAACCCCCUUUCAUAACAGUGAACGUAGAAGUGGAAGUUGGAACAAUGAGUGUGUGUUGUAAACCGAGUAUUUUGGAUAUACAUACUAUCAUUUCUAGAUGUUUCAAUAAAAUUCUUAACGUUGCUAUGGUUUUACCCAAAAUCGAGGUGAUUUUAUUUCCUGAAUUGGAUAAAAAAGGUUUUCUAUUCUCAGUAUCACGAUAUGAAGACGAGGUAUUGAUGUUAAUUACCGAUACAUUAGAUACGGUCAGUGCACACAUUCCUGGCCCACGGGAAUAUCUCAAGUGUUAUGACGAUUUAUUAUACAUCAUAGAUGGCAGAGCAAAGAAGAAUUUAGAUGAUUUCUUUAGUAUUCAACCAUUUCCAGUUUUGAGAGAGUUCGAGCAAAAGAUCGUGUCCUACGACAAUUUAAGCAAAGAAAUAUCUAUGUUUCGAUACAAGAUACCGCUGAAUAUGAUUGAAAUUGAUUGCACCAUUGUAAACGAUAUCAUGCGACAAAUACUUCAUGAACUUCGUACAAAAAUUUGUGAUUUUUUCGCGGAUGAAUUAAGACUGAACAAUCGUGAAUUAUGCUCUAUCUUUGAUGAAAUAGCAGAGAAUAUUUCAAAAAUGCCAGAAACGACGCAAGAAGUAGUGGAGCUUUAUAAUUAUCUUUGUGAAAGUCGAGAUACUACAAUGUUCAAUUUGAAGACUCGAUUGGCACGUUCUACCGAAUUGACUUUGUUUCUUUUUAAUUAUCAACCAUUGACGGAUGAAGACAUUCAAUUGAAUUCGCGUACGAUUACGUGGCCCAAAGAAAUGGAAAACAUAAUGGAUUUAGCAACGACUAGGUUGAACAUGAGAAAAGAAUUUCUUGAAAGUGUACUACGAACAAGACGAGAUAAUUUUGAGAAGAAAAUAAAUGCUAUGCAAAUAGCGAUCGAACGAUUCAAAAGAAAGGAUCCGCCUGUAUUGACUAUGGAAGAAAUGGAACGGGCAACUGAGGAGGUUGAGCAAUUAUCGAAGGAUAUGGCGGAUAUAAAAAAAGAAGCAGAAGAGAUUAACGAAGAGGAGACUCUUCUCGAGAUAGAAUUAAGUCCAUAUAUGACGAUACCUGCGAUGUCAUCUAUUAUGGAUGUCUUCAAUAAAUUAUGGCAUAUUGCAUUGAAUUUCUACAAGAAUUACGAAAAAUGGUUUUACGGAUCAUUCGUUGGGCUUGACGCCGAUGAGAUUCGCGAGGAGGUUGACGAGAUCUGGAGAACGCUCUACAAAUUGUCUCGCGUGCUCAGUGAUAUUCCUGGUGCAAGACGCGUCGCUGAAAUGGUACGUGCUAAAGUCGAAAAAUUCCAACAGUUUAUUCCAGUUCUUCAAACGAUUUGUACUCCUGGUUUAGAAGCUCGACAUUGGGAACAAAUUAGUGAAAUUGUUAAAGUACCUAUAGAGAUCUCAGAUACUAGUUGUCUUUUCGACAUGAUUGAAUACGGUCUAUCUAUUCACAUAGAAAAACUUGAAGAAAUUUCAUCUGCUGCUACUAAAGAACACGCACUGUUGAAAAACUUGCAAAAGAUGAAAAGUGAAUGGGCCGAAAUUUACUUUGAAUUAACAUUGUAUCGGGAUACUGGUGUAAACAUACUGACGGCAAUAGAUGAUAUUCAAGUGCUAUUAGACGAUCAUAUAUUGACAGCUCAGACAAUGAGAGGUUCAGUUUUUGUGAAGGCUUUUGAAAGAGAUAUGCAAGCUUGGGAAGAAAAACUAAUCAUGAUGCAGGAUAUUAUUGAUCAGUGGUUGACAUGUCAAGCUACUUGGAUGUACCUUGAACCAAUAUUUAGUAGCGAAGAUAUAAUGCGUCAAAUGCCUACAGAGGCUAAGAACUUUAGACGAAUUGACAAGAUUUGGCGUAAUAUUAUGACAUAUGUGACGAACAAUACAAGGGUUAUAGAUGCUACUACCAAGCCAAAUAUGUUGCAAGAAUUUAUGCUUUGCAAUACUUUAUUGGAAGAGAUACAGAAAGGCUUAAAUGAGUACCUAGAAAAGAAACGUUUGUUCUUUCCAAGAUUUUUCUUCUUGUCUAACGAUGAGUUAUUGGAGAUUCUUUCGGAGACGAAGGAUCCGCAAAGAGUACAGCCGCAUUUAAAAAAAUGUUUCGAAGGUAUAAAUAAGUUACGUUUCACUAAAGAAGAAGAUAUAAUCGGAAUGUUAUCGAGUGAGGAAGAAUACGUACCGUUUAGUGGAAAGAUUUAUCCUGCCGAUGCAAAAGGCAUGGUUGAAAGAUGGUUGUGUCAAGUAGAGGAACUCAUGAUCGCAUCUCUUCGCGAUAUUGCCGAGCAGAGUCUAAUUUCAUAUUUCGAAACCGUGCGCGAAGAAUGGAUACUGUCUUGGCCUGGUCAAAUAAUUAUUUGCUGCAAUCAAAUUCACUGGACCAAUGAAGUAUGUGAAUCAUUUGAAGAUGAAUCAACGACAGAUUAUUUGAAAAAGUGUGGCUAUCAAAUAGAAAAAACUGUGGCUCUUGUUCGAGGCAAGCUGGAUCCAGGUGCUCGCGUAACUUUAAAUGUUCUUAUCGUGAUCGAUGUACAUGCAAGAGACGUGGUGAGCUUGCUCAUUGAAGAAAAUGUUAGAGAUGUAAUGGAUUUUAAGUGGAUAUCACAAUUGCGUUAUUAUUGGAUCGACAAUAGCAUUACGGUUGCGAUGAUCACGACUGAACUUCAGUAUGCUUUUGAGUAUCUUGGAAACACACCACGUUUAGUAAUAACACCUUUAACAGAUCGUUGCUACAGAACGCUUAUGGGUGCACUGAAACUAAACUUAGGUGGAUCACCCGAAGGUCCAGCGGGUACUGGAAAAACUGAAAGUGCAAAAGAUUUGGCGAAAGCGGUAGCUAAGCAAUGUGUAGUCUUUAAUUGUUCCGAUGGUCUCGAUUACAAAGCAAUGGGGAAAUUCUUUAAGGGCAUAGCACAAUCCGGUGCUUGGGCAUGCUUCGAUGAAUUUAAUCGCAUAGAACUUGAGGUUCUUUCUGUUAUUGCUCAACAGAUUCUAUCUAUACAGAUGGCGAUAAGUAUGGAAAUGGAAAAAUUCAUAUUCGAAGGUACAGAAAUAAAGUUAAAUCCUAGUUGUUACAUUAUGAUUACAAUGAAUCCUGGUUACGCUGGACGUCAAGAACUUCCAGAUAAUUUGAAGGUACUCUUUCGAACCGUUGCUAUGAUGGUACCAGAUUACAUUAUGAUAGGAGAGAUUACUCUUUAUUCUUAUGGUUUCACAAAUGCUAAGAAUCUUGCUGAAAAAAUAGUUCAUACAUACAAGUUGUGUUCGGAACAAUUAAGCUCACAAAAUCAUUAUGAUUACGGUAUGCGAGCAGUAAAAACUGUUCUUAUUGCUGCUGGCAAUCUGAAACUGAAACAUCCAACACGAGACGAGUCAGUUAUAGUUUUGCGAGCGAUCGUGGAUGUGAAUCUUCCAAAGUUUUUAGCUCAAGAUGUACCUUUGUUUGAGGGAAUAUAUAGUGAUCUAUUUCCAGGAGUUGCCUUGCCUCAACCUGAUCGUGGAGAACUUAUAGACCUUCUCCAAAUUAAUCUAAAGAAGAGAAAUCUUCAACCUACUUCUUGGUACAUGGAAAAAAUCAUACAAAUUUAUGAAAUAAUAUUAGUACGUCAUGGAUUGAUGAUCGUUGGCAGUGCAUUAGGAGGAAAAACUCAAGCAUAUCAAACAUUAGCAGAAUCAUUGGGUAAUCUCGCUGGAAUAAGAAGAGCCACUAUGAAAGAAUUUAGAACAAUCUAUAGGAUUAUCAAUCCAAAAGCUAUUUCACUUAAUCAACUGUAUGGCAGCUUUGAUCCGAUAUCUCAUGAAUGGAGCGAUGGUGUAUUGGCAAAUACUUUUCGUGAAUUUGCACUAUCUAUGUCGGUUGAACGAAAAUGGAUUGUCUUUGAUGGACCAGUGGAUGCAGUAUGGAUUGAAAGUAUGAAUACCGUUCUGGAUGACAAUAAAAAGCUCUGUUUAAUGUCCGGUGAAAUUAUUCAAAUGUCUAAAAAAAUGAAUAUAAUAUUCGAGCCAGCCGAUUUAGAACAUGCAUCACCAGCCACUGUUAGCAGAUGUGGAAUGAUUUAUAUGGAACCUUCUCAGCUAGGCUGGAUAUCCUUCUUUGAAUCUUACAAGAAAUAUCUCAAAGAGAAAUUACUUGUAGAGCAAUUCGAGCUUAUAGUGGAAAUCAUCGAAUGGUUAAUUGAACCAGUCUUAACGUUUAUCAAAUAUAACUGCAUGACAUUCAUCGAUACGUCGGAACUUCAUAUGUUUUUGUCAUUGACAAGGCUUUUGACUACAAUGCUAGAAGAAGAGAUUCAAGUUAGUACGGUUUGGCUACAAUGUGUGCUUUUAUUCUGUAUAAUUUGGGGUAUUUGUUCAACAUUAACCGGCGAUAGCAGGAAAAUAUUUGAUGUCUAUUUUCGGAAACUGUUGCUCGGUAAUAUAGAUAAAUAUCCACGACCGAAAGCAUUCAAGCUGACGAAACAACAACUAUUUCCUGAUAGAGAUACUGUUUAUGACUGGGUGUACGAUAAAAGAAACAAUGGAUGUUGGAUAUCAUGGAUGGAUACUAUAGCACAAGCACCUUUACCAGCACAUGCUAAAGCAAGCAAUCUCAUUAUUCAAACAACUCAAGUUUCUAUGCAAUAUUUCUUUAUCAAGAAUUUUUUACACAAGAAUAUUCCGAUACUAUUCGUGGGGCCAACCGGUACCGGCAAAUCAGCGAUAGUUCUCAAUUAUUUAGAAGAAUUACCACGAGAGCAAUAUAUCGAAAAUAUUAUAAACUUUAGUGCACGUACCAGUGCUUCGCAAACUCAAGAGAUUGUAAUCUCAAAGCUAGAUCGAAGAAGAAAAGGAGUUUAUGGGCCAGCAAUGGGUAAGAAGUGUGUGCUUUUUGUAGACAAUUUGAGUAUGCCACUGAAGGAAACAUACGGAGCACAACUACCUAUCGAACUCUUACGUCAGUUUAUAGAUCAUGGUUAUUGGUUCGAUGUGAAAGAAUUGAGUAUAUUAUAUCUAGUAGAUAUUUUAUUAAUCGCAGCUAUGCUACCACCGGGAGGUGGUUCCAACGUUGUAACUCAUCGACUGACUCGUCACAUGCAUAUAAUUGGUAUAGAAUUCUUCGAAGAGGCAACAUUGAGUAAGAUUUUUACUUCGAUUUUCGAGUGGCAUUUCGCAAAAGGCUUCGUACCGGAAGUUUCUCGAUUGGGAAAGAUGAUUGUUAACGCUACCAUGGACAUAUUUCUUACAGCUAUUGAAAGAUUUUUACCUACGCCAGCUAAAAGUCAUUAUACCUUUAAUUUGCGUGAUUUUAGUCGUGUGGUCGAGGGUAUAUUAUUGGUACCAGGAGAAAAAUUGAAAGAUCCAGAUAAACUCAUCAGAUUAUGGAUACACGAAGUAUAUAGAGUUUUUCACGACAGGCUUAUUGAUGAUGAUGAUCGUGAAAUGCUUUUCACCAUGGUAAAGCAUACAUGUUAUGAACACUUGCGUCAACCAUUGGAAAAAGUUCUUUCCAGUUUCUUAAAAGAGGAUGAAAAGGCAAUAAAGAGUGCUCACAUUCAUGACUUGUUCUUCGGAAAUUAUAUGGAACCCGAUACUGAUCCUAAGAUUUACGACGAAGUAAUGAACUUGGAGGAUUUACAGGAAAAAAUGGAGUAUUAUUUAAAAGAGUACAAUAUGACAUCGAGGACACCAAUGUCGCUUAUUUUUUUUAGAUUUGCCAUCGAACAUAUUUCUCGUAUUUCUCGCGUGCUAUUGCAAGACAAUGGUCAUGCGUUGCUCGUUGGAAUUGGUGGUUCAGGUCGAAAUUCAUGUACGAAAUUAGCGACUAGUAUGUGCGAAUAUAUAUUGUAUCAAGUAGAAAUGUCUAGAACUUACGGAAAUACUGAAUGGCGAGAAGAUUUAAAGCAACUUUUGUUACGUAUUGGAUGCGACGGAAAGCCUACAGUUUUUCUCUUUGGAGACAAUCAAAUAAAAGAUGAAACCUUCGUCGAAGACAUAAAUAUACUUCUUAAUACUGGCGAUGUACCGAAUUUAUAUGGUACUGAAGAGAUGGCUGAGAUUUUGGAAAAAAUGAUGAGUGUAGCGAGAGGGAUGGGCGGUAGGAAAAUUGAGACUACGCCGAUGAUGCUUUACAAUCUUUUCAUCGAAAGAAUUAAGAAAAAUCUUCACAUAGUUCUCACUAUGUCACCGAUCGGCGAUGCCUUUAGAAAUCGAAUUAGGAUGUUUCCUUCUCUCAUAAAUUGUUGUACCAUAGAUUGGUACACUUUAUGGCCAGAGGAUGCCCUAGAAAAAGUAGCUAAAACGUCAUUACAAAAUCUGAAUAUCGGCUCAGAAUUACGAGAAAAAUGUGUUCACAUUUGUAAAGAAUUUCAUACAAGUGUUUUCGUGGCGAGCGAGGAUUAUUAUAAGAAUCAUCAUAGAAGAUAUUAUGUAACGCCCACAAGUUUUCUACAACUUAUCGCAUCUCUCUACAGACUUUACGGAGAAAAAAUCAAUCAAAUUACAAAGCAACAAAGUCGAUACAUUACUGGAUUAGAAAAGUUGGAUUUUGCAGCAGGUCAAGUCGCUGUCAUGCAAGAAGAAUUGAGAACAUUACAACCAAAAUUAGUAGCACAGUCACAGUUGAGUGAUAAACUGAUGAUAAGAAUCGAGCAAGAUACUAUUAAUGUAGAAGCUAGAAAAGAGAUAGUGGCUGCAGAUGAAGCAUUGGCUAAUGAAGCUGCUGCAGCCGCUCAAGCUAUUAAAGAUGAUUGCGAGAGUGAUUUAGCCGAAGCAACGCCUGCAUUAGAGGCGGCUCUUUCAGCAUUGAAUACCUUAAAACCAGCAGAUAUUACUAUCGUAAAAUCCAUGAAGAGUCCACCAGCAGGUGUUAAAUUAGUUAUGGAGGCUGUUUGUGUAUUAAAAGGUGUAAAGCCUGACAGAGUACAGGAUCCAAAAACCGGUAAAACUGUUGAAGAUUAUUGGCUAGCCUCCAUUAGAAUGCUCAGUGAUAUGAAAUUCCUCGACAGUUUAAAGAAUUUUGAUAAGGAUAAUAUUCCAUCUGCAUAUAUGAAAAUAAUUCGUGAAAAAUUUAUUAACGACAGAAGUUUUCAGCCUGAAGCGAUUAAGAAGGUAUCUACUGCUUGCGAAGGUCUUUGUAAAUGGGUGCGUGCUAUGGAAGUUUAUGACCGUGUUAUCAAAGUCGUUGCACCAAAAAGAGCAAUGUUGGCCGAAGCCGAGGCCGAAUUAGCUGCUCAAAUGGAAAUGUUAAAUGCGAAAAGAGCUCUUCUCCAGGAAGUAACACAAAAAUUGCAAUCUCUGAAUGAUGAAUUUGCGGAAUGUAUGAGAGAGAAAAAGAAGCUUGAGGAUCAGAUUGAUUAUUGUACUCAGAAGUUAGAUAGAGCUGAAAAAUUAUUAGGUGGUCUAAGCGGAGAAAAAAGUAGGUGGAGCGAAACAGCCGUUGCUCUUGGUACCAACCUUCAAAGUGUUAUUGGAGAUGUAUUGUUGUCUUCCGGUGUUGUCGCUUAUUUAGGUGCCUUUACCGUAGAAUAUAGAAAUGAUCUUAUAGCUCAAUGGCAUGCAUCGUGCACAAGAGAAAAUAUUCCAUGUGGAAAGCAUUUCAGCUUGAUAGACAUCCUUGGUGAACCAGUGAAGAUCAGAUCAUGGACGAUCUAUGGUUUACCUGCGGACAAUUUUUCUAUUGAAAAUGGUAUAAUUGUAAAGAAUGCCGAUCGAUGGCCACUUAUGAUAGAUCCACAAAAUCAAGCGAAUAAAUGGGUGAAGAACAUGGAAAAAGAAAACAAAUUGACUGUUAUAAAACUCACCGAUCCUAACUACGUGAAAGUCGUAGAAACUGCAUUGCAAUUUGGUACACCAGUCUUGCUAGAAAAUAUUCUCGAAGAUAUAGAUGCAAUAUUGGAGCCUGUGUUGCUUAAGAACAUAUAUAAACAAAGAGGUGUAUUAUACAUAAAAUUUGGCGAAAAUGUACUCGAAUAUAAUUCGAAUUUUCGCUUUUAUAUCACGACUCGUCUUAGGAAUCCUCAUUACCUACCAGAAAUAGUUGUAAAAGUAACACUGUUAAAUUUUAUGAUUACACCUCAAGGUCUGCAGGAUCAGCUUUUAGGAAUAGUUGUCGCACAGGAAUUACCGGUUCUCGAAGAAAAAAAAAAUCAAUUAAUCGUUGAAGGUGCAAAUAAUCGACGCAUAUUAAAAGAGAUAGAAGAUAAAAUAUUGGAGGUCUUAUCGAUGUCGGAAGGAAAUAUAUUGGAGGAUGAGACAGCUAUAAAAAUACUUUCCACUUCAAAAGUUUUGUCGGAAGAUAUUGAAACUAAACAAGAUGUAGCGGCUAAAACGGCAGUCGAAAUCGAUCAAGCUCGUGAUGGUUAUAAACCAGUCUCUAAGCAUGGCUCGGUUCUUUUCUUUUGUAUUUCCGAAUUAGGUAACGUCGAUCCCAUGUAUCAGUAUUCAUUGUCAUGGUUUAUUCAUCUUUAUAUCAUGUCAAUAACCAACAGUGAACAAUCAAAUAGUUUAAAUAUACGAAUAAAAUAUCUUAACUCUCAUUUCACCGCAAGUAUUUACAGAAACAUAUGUCGUUCCCUCUUUGAAAAACAUAAAUUGAUGUUCUCGCUAAUCCUGUGCGUUGGUCUUAUGCGUGCCGAAGAAAAAUUAAACGAGGAUUUAUGGGCAUUUCUGCUAACAGGCGGAGUUGCGCUGGACAAUCCUUAUCCGAAUCCAGUACCAUCUUGGCUUUCUGAUAAAUGCUGGUCGGAAGUAGUGCAAGCCUCCAGUUUAUCUGGUAUGGAAAAAUUAAAGAUAUCGUUAGAACAAAAUAUUUCAAUGUGGAAAAGGUGCUACGACUCCUCGAAUCCGCAAAAGCAAACUUUACCAGCACCAUUUGAACAAUUGGAAGGAUGGAAUCUUGAGAAACUUAUUAUUAUUCGAUGUAUCAGACCUGACAAGAUCGUGGCAGCAGUCCAAAUAUUUAUAAUAGAAAAUAUGGAUCAAUCGUUCGUUGAGCCCCCGCCAUUUGAUCUUCAAGGAUCUUACAAUGAUUCUAGUAACGUCACUCCUUUGAUAUUCAUACUUUCUCCGGGUUCCGAUCCAAUGGCAGGUCUAAUUAAAUUCGCAGAAGAUAAUGGCUUGUCGAAACAAGACCUCAUGACCAUUUCAUUAGGCCAAGGUCAAGGUCCAAUAGCAACCAAUAUGAUCGAAGAAAGUAUCAAAAGCGGUAAAUGGGUCAUUUUGCAGAAUUGCCAUCUUGCUAUUUCCUGGAUGAAGGAAUUGGAUAGAAUUUGCGAUGAAAUUAUUGUACCAGAAAACACGCACCUUAAAUUUCGGCUCUGGCUUACCAGUUAUCCGUCCGAUGAAUUUCCCGUUUCUAUCUUACAGAACGGCGUUAAAAUGACAAACGAACCACCAAAGGGCUUGAAGAAUAAUUUACUGCGCAGUUAUUUGAAUGAUCCUAUCUCCGACAUGAAAUUCUUUCAUAGUUCUUCCAAAAUUUUGGAAUGGAGAAGUCUUUUGUUUUCUUUAUGUUUCUUUCAUGCUGUAGUUCAAGAAAGACGAAACUUUGGACCGCUAGGAUGGAACAUUCCUUACGAGUUUAAUGAGUCUGAUUUACGCAUUAGCAUUUUACAACUGCAGCUGUUUUUAAACGAUUAUGAUAAUGUACCAUUCGAAGCGCUUCUAUAUCUAACAGGAGAGUGCAAUUACGGAGGACGAGUAACUGAUGAUAAGGACAGACGUUUACUUAAUUCGUUAUUAAAAAAUUUCUAUAAUCCAGAAGUCGUUACAAAUAGGAAAUAUUCCUUCUCUCCAAGUGGAAUUUAUCAUUUACCUGAAGACACCGAUUACGAAGGCUGUAUCGAAUAUAUACGAAAUUUACCUAUUAAUCAGACGCCUGAAGUAUAUGGCCUGCAUGAUAAUGCAGAUAUUUCAAAAGAUAAUCAAGAAUCAAUGCAAUUACUUUCGGAUGUUCUCUUGACACAACCACAAAUAAGUGGAGUAGGCGUUGAACGAGAUUUGGACGAAACGGUAUAUAAUCUUGCUGCCGAUAUAUUAUCGAAAAUGCCAUCUCAAUUCAAUAUGGUAUACGUUACGGAAAAAUAUCCUGUGCUCUAUAUAAAUAGUAUGAACACUGUUUUACGUCAGGAACUUAUUAAAUUUAAUCAGUUAACAAACGUUAUAAAGAGUACGUUAACGAAUAUACAGAAAGCCAUAAAAGGUCAAGUAGUAAUGUCAUCCGAACUGGAGGAAAUAUUUAUCAGUAUGAGUAUCGGUAAAGUACCUUCUGCAUGGAAUAGAAAAUCGUAUUCUUCUUUGAAACCAUUAGGAAGUUACAUAAACGAUCUAUUAGCAAGAAUAGAAUUUUUACAAGAUUGGAUCGAUAAUGACGCACCAGUUGUAUUUUGGAUCUCCGGUUUCUUUUUUACUCAAUCCUUUCUUACUGGCGUUUUACAGAAUUAUGCUCGCAAGUAUAAGAUACCUAUUGAUCUGAUAGAUUUUGAUUUUGAAGUUACUAAAUUCGAAACAACAGUUGAUAGUUCACCGCCUCUUGGAGUUUACAUAAGGGGUCUUUUCCUGGAAGGUUCAAGAUGGAACAGAGAAACGGCUUCGCUCGAUGAAUCAAAACCAAAAGUUAUGUUCGAUCCUUUGCCUAUAAUUUGGUUGAAACCGAAAUUGAAAUCCGAACUUCAGUUUUCGUCAGUUUACUUUUGUCCUAUUUAUAAGACGAGUGCGCGACGUGGUAUUUUAGCAACUACAGGACAUUCUUCUAACUUUGUUAUGUUCAUUCUUCUUCCGACAUUAAUCGAUGAAUCACAUUGGAUAAACAGAGGUGUCGCCAGUCUUUGUCAGCUAGAUGAUUAAAGUAUUUUUC